AUCACAGCUCUCCAGUCACAGCCACACACCCUCAGUCUAACCCCACACGCCACAGUCACGCCCUGUCCCCCGACAAGCAUAUACAGCACCAGUCGCACACAGUCAGAGAGAGACGCCCCCCAGUCACUGGCUUCUCUGUCCAACUCACCUUCACCAGACCCCCCACCCCCGGUAACACAGUUGCAAAAGCCUCUUGAGGCAGCGCCAGGUUUGCUCCGGGUCACAACGCUCCCUGCCCUGCAGAGAAGCUGAGUACACAGCACAGCACAGAGUCCCUUCUUGAAGACAGGGGUGGCUGCAGAGCCGUAACAAGGAAUUUUUGCGCCUGAGGCAAGGGCUGGCUCCAGGAUCUUUGGCGGCAAUUUGGCGCCAGGUCCCUGAGUCCUUCCCUCUGAGAGGCACUCAGGGACCUGCCGCCAAAGAGCUGCCGAAGAAGCAGUGGCAGUAGAGCUGCUGCCAAAGUGCCGCUGAUCACGUUUUUUUUUCCCCCGGCGCCCCUCCGCUUUGCGCACCCGAGGCAAGUGCCUCACUCGCCUCGCCCUCGUUACGGCACCGGUGGCUGUGCAGAAUGCAUGAACAGCAGCAGACGUGAUGGCUGCCACCUUGGCCAACACGCCAAGCUGCGGGAGGGUCUGCCACCUCCCCGUCUCCUCCCAUAGGGAAGGAUGUUCACAGACAGAACACUGUCCGGGGCUUUCCGUGGGGAGAGAACUGUGCGAUUCCCCUGUACGUGGGCACUCCUACAGAGGCGCACCGUGUCCCCUCGCCUCCUGGGGCUGGUUCCAUGCGCUGAGAGGCAGUAGAGAGAGCAGCAAGUACCAGGCUUAUUCGUUUCUCUUUGCCUAAGUUAUGUGCAGGUCCCUGACUCAGCUGUAAGGGGCACAACACAUCUCCCAGAAACUGUCUGCCUUUCCCCAGGGCCUCGGGGAACAUCCCCCAUCCAUUCAGGUGAAACGUCUCCUCCCAGCAGAAGGAGGAGCUGGGUUUAAAUCAGGGCCAUUCUUCAUAACAAACAGUCGAGGAAUAUUUGACAAACGCUGAUUUCCUUGCUCCCUGAGCAGGAUCGUCCAUUCCCAAACCUGACGUGAUUUCCCAGAUGGAACGAGGGGAAGAGCCGUGGGUCCCAGACCUCCAGAGCUCCCAGGGAAGGCAGAUCCCGAGAGGCGCCCGAACAGCAGGGGACGACGUCAUCGCCCAGAGGACUCCCGCAGGCGAUAAGCCGACCAUAUGCAGUGAGUGCGGGAAGAGCUUCAGAGGGAGCUCAAACCUCGUUCAGCAUCAGAGGAUCCACACGGGGGAGAGACCUUACGAAUGCGCAGCCUGUGGGAAGAGCUUCCGCCAGCGCUCGCACCUCCUCCAGCACUGGAAGAUCCACACGGGGGAGAGACCCUUUGAAUGCCCCAACUGCGGCAAGAGCUUCAGCGUGAGCUCCGCUCUCAUUAGGCACCAGAAAACUCACACGGGCGAGAGACCCUACGCCUGCGCCGAGUGCGGGAAGAGCUUCAGCGUGAGCUCCGCCCUCACUAGGCACCAGCGGAUCCACACGGGGGAGCGGCCCUACGUCUGCGCCGAGUGCGGGAAGAACUUCAGUGUGAGCUCCCACCUCGUGCAGCACCAGCGCAUCCACACGGGGGAGCGGCCCUACGUCUGCGCCGAGUGUGGCCGGAGCUUCAGCCAGAGCUCCCACCUCCUCCAGCAUCAGAGGGUCCACACGGGCGAGCGGCCCUACGAAUGCACCGAGUGCGGGAAGAACUUCAGCCAGAGCUCGGACCUCAUCAAACACCAGAGAACCCACUCGGGAGAGCGACCCUACGAAUGCCCUUGCUGCUUUAAAAGCUUCACCUGGAACUCAGUGCUCAUUAAACACCAGAGAGUGCACAUGGGACAGAGAUCCUAUGAGUGUGGCCAGGGCGUGGAAAGCUUCAGCCCUCAUCGUCCCUCAGAGAAACCACACACGGCACAAACCCCACUGAUGGAGCAUCAGGACACGAGCCAGCGUAAUGCACUUGCUCUUAUGAGCAAGUCACUUCAACUCUCUGUGCUGAGUCUUCCACCUCUGCCUAAAGGAAAAUGGGAAUAAUGGGAUCUUGUUUAUAGGAGAGGGCACUGCUCACCCAUCACCAGCUGGGACUUUUCCUGGAAUUAUAGGGUUUGGGAGGUUUCUUUUCCUUUUACUAUAGAGUGGGUUGAGUGCUGUUUCUGGAAAUCCAGGUUUAGGAGGGGUUUCCAGUGAGUUUGGUUCCAGUUUCAGUAAAGUCUUUAUUUGUUGCUGUGGGUCCUUGGAAUUUGGGUUUGAAAUGUUAAAAAUUCUCAAUAAAAGUUUGCGUUAAGAUA